CCCAACACGCAACAACAACAACAACAAAAAGAAUUAACCCUAAUUUCCCGUAAGAAGAAAGAAAAGAAAAAAAGCUAAACCGAAAGCGAAAGCAAGCUCUCGAUAUUUUUUUGUUUCGAAGUUGCAAGCUUUGAUUUUGUGGGUUACAGUGUACGAACACGCAAGAAUAGCGUGAAGAUCUCAAUAGAGUUCUCGCAAAAGGGUUUCUCUGUUUUUAAACAUUUUUCAAUCUUUUUUUUCCCUUCAAUCUUGUUUUCUGCAGAUUUCGGAUAUUGGAAACUAAGCAGAGAUGUGUAGUUUGGUGACAAAUCUGUUACUUCCAUCGAAGAUGAAACCAGCUUUUUUAGAGAAACAGAGCAAUAGCUCACUCUUUGUUACCAAGAAAAGAUCCAAGAUGAAGAACAAAUCUAUUGUUCCUGUUGCAAGAUUAUUUGGACCGGCGAUUUUUGAAGCCUCCAAAUUGAAAGUAUCAUUCUUAGGAGUUGAUGAGAAGAAGCAUCCAUCAAAGCUCCCAAGAACUUACACUCUUACUCAUAGUGACAUAACCGCUAAGUUAACUUUAGCUAUUUCUCAAUCUAUCAAUAAUUCUCAGUUGCAGGGAUGGGCUAAUAAGUUGUUCCGGGAUGAAGUAGUCGCCGAGUGGAAGAAAGUGAAGGGUAAAAUGUCACUUCACGUUCAUUGCCACAUUAGUGGUGGCCAUUUCCUCUUGGAUCUCAUUGCAAAGCUUCGGUAUUACAUAUUUUGUAAAGAAUUACCAGUGGUGUUGAAAGCUUUUGUUCAUGGAGAUGGGAACUUGUUGAAUAACUACCCUGAGCUACAAGAAUCUCCUGUUUGGGUUUACUUCCAUUCCAAUGUCCCCGAGUACAACAAGGUCGAAUGUUGGGGACCGCUUUGGGAAGCUACGUCGCAUCAUCACCACGAUGGAAAUAGAACCCGCAAAAAAUGUGAAACUCUCCCGGAGCUGCCUUGUCCCGAUGAGUGCAACUGUUGCUUUCCGCCGGUUAGCGCGAUCCCAUGGUCUCAUCGUCAUUAUCAACAUAGCAGAGAGGAUGAGAGUGUUGUGGGUGGCGAGUUGGGAACUUCUAUGCCUAACUCUCAGAGAUUGAAGUGAUUAGAUCUCAAGACAAUGUAUCUUUUUUUUUCUUUUUCUUUUUCUUUGGUGGUUAAGAAAGCUAAAAGCAAAGUGACAGUACUUUUUCUGCUGUUAAUAAAAAAUGACGUUAAAAGUAUAAAUUUCCUCUUGUGUAUUUGUUUUGUAAAGUCAG